UUGUGGGUGUGUGCUGCCGGCUCAGCCAUGAGGGAGCUCACAGUCAGGACACUAAUGCAUUAGCAGCCCCUCAGAAUCCGGCUGGAGAUCCAUGUUUCUUUACUGCGGACUCCACUUCAGGACGCCUGAACGGUCUUUUCUUAUGGACAUGCCCAUGAAUAGCCAAUGUGUUUAUACAGCUGUCCAGACUUUUGACAUCAGGUGACACAACUGGACCCCUCCGAUGGAGACUACGCCAUACAGUCGAGUCAAAAAAAUUCUCCAAGACCACUCGAACCUGAGUUCGACAGCUUAUUCAAAUGUAUCGACCCCCUUCCACCAUCACAUGAACAAUGCGAUGCUGGGAAUUCUCCUUGGCAUGCUGUCUCUUCUAACGGUCAUCAUGAACAUCCUGGUUCUCUUUGCUGUUAGAAACGAACGCACGUUACACACGGUGGGGAACCUUUACAUUGUCAGUCUCUCUCUGGCCGACCUGAUUGUUGGAGCAACCGUAAUGCCCUUGAACAUGGUCUACCUGCUGGAGGACGAGUGGAGGCUGGGUCGUGUUGUAUGCCAGUUCUGGUUAGUUAUGGACUAUGUGGCUAGUACGGCCUCCAUAUUCAGCUUAUUCAUCCUCUGCCUGGACAGGUAUCGCUCUGUUCGGCAGCCGCUGAAGUACCUGAAAUAUCGCACGCGUGGAAGGGCAACACUAAUGAUCUGUGCUGCGUGGCUUCUCUCCAUGACCUGGAUCAUUCCCAUUCUGGGCUGGCGGAUGUUCGCUCAUGUCGACAGGAAACCCGAGCUGGAGAGCAAGUGCGACACGGACUUUCGCUUUGUGACCUGGUUUAAAGUCCUCACUGCCAUUCUCAACUUUUACAUUCCAUCCUUCCUGAUGCUUUGGUUCUACUCCCAGAUUUUCAUAGCAGUGCGAGAACAUUACAAGCAGUGGGAGAGCAUCACUUGUCCCAGGGUACCUACAGAUCAAGAUGGAACCAUACAAAACUCAAACCAGCUGCAGAGGACAUUCUACAAACCCUCUGAGAAGGAGAACCUAGCCCUGAGAGCUACCUUCUCUAAAAACGAUGGUAUUUUGGAUCAGUAUACUUUGGAACAGCCAUUCAGCUCAAAGGACACCAAUGAGGAGAUUGAUGACUCUUCUUUAGAUGAGAAAAAACCCAAAAACCGUAAAACCUCAUUUUUUAAUAUCUCGAAACGUAAGAGAAAAAGUGUGAGGGAAUUGAAUGAGAUUUCUUCUAUGAGCCAGGAGGAGGACAUUGAGGACGAGGCGUCCUCCAAAGAGCCAUCCUUCCCUCUGAGGUUUUUGCAUUGUGAGGAGAAUGAUGAGCUCAAAAUGUUUGUAUCUGUCAAUGACUGUAACGUAUUGGUACCAAAUUCGGUUGCUAAUAUUUGCGAGAUUACGCCCACCACUGAUGUUCACAAGUACACCACUGUUCUCUGCAGUGAUGAUGUCGCACAGUCACCUACAUCGCCGUGGGGACAUAGCACAAGUCCACCGAUGGACACCAGCAACACUCUCACUCUGAAGCAAACAUGGCAGAAGUUCUGCGUGCAGUCUAGGCAGUGUGUCCAGAACAUGCGUGUUCACAAGGAGCGGAAAGCCGCCAGGCAGCUCGGCUUCAUCAUCGGCACUUUCAUGGUGUGCUGGAUACCGUAUUUCAUCACUUUCAUGGUCAUGGCUUUGUGCAACACCUGUGUUCACCACGACCUUCACAUGUUCACCAUUUGGUUGGGUUACAUCAACUCCACUCUGAACCCUUUCAUCUAUCCACUCUGCAAUGAGAAUUUCAAGAGAGUUUUCAAAAAGAUAUUCCAUAUCAAACAGUGAUGCUUCUCCAUCUCCGGCUCCUGAGCUGUGUCUACGCAAGCACAGCUCUCUUAUCUGUUGACUUUAUGUGCUUUAUUGAAUGUUUGUGGUGGUCUUGUGAAAAACCUUUGAGGAUUGUAGACUGAAUAGCUUCUUCUUUGGCCUACUGUGUUGUUGAACAUCUGCCGUUUGUUGAAGAUGAUUAUACAUUUUGUCCGUUCACUCGUAAAUAAAGCUGCUAUAAAAGGUUCUUUGAGCAGCACGACACUCUUACAAAAAUGUUUUUUAAGGGUUCUUUAGUAAAGACAGUGGACCUACAUCAAACCAGGAACACUCAAAGAACCAUUUGCAUGCUUAAAUGGUUCUUUGCAUGGUGCUUUGGUUCUUACUAUUGAUAGAUUGAUGGAGAAUGUGUUGUAUAUGGUUCUACAAUUAACCUCUUUUGAAAAGAGGUUCUAUAUAGCACCAAACAUAAAAGUAUUCUGCUAACGUUGCUGUGUCAAACUUGAACAAUAUACAACACAUUCUCCAUCAAUCCGAAGAACCAUUUCACCAUGCAGAGAACCAUUUAAGCAUGAAAUGGUUCUACACAGAAUUUAUGGUUCUAAAUGGAACUGUUCAAUUUACUAAAGAACCCUUAUAGAUCCAUGUUUGUUUAAGAGAGUGUAAUGAAGGCCUUCAGGGGCCAGCUGUGUUGGGUCAGAACUCUCCAGGGUGGUAAAUCUCCAGGACUUUGGUCUUAAAAAUGAUGGUUUCCUCAAGGGUUCUUUGGUAAA